GACAGCAGUCUCCGAUGAAAAAUAUACCGUCGGUCGCCUCGUAAAACUCGGCGGAUCUACCUAAACUUUGCCCAACUGAUCGCUUCCCUGCCAAUUGCUGUCCUUUCUGAACAGAAGCCAGGAAUAACGAUGGGCCACGGUCACGGACACGGACCACCGUACAAAGUUCCGGAUGCAUCCAUCUACAAAGUGGCCGAUGCGCCCGAACUGGUUGAAGUGGAGCGCGCACUCGCACGUCGUGGGCUGAAGGACCCGUGGCUACGGAACGAAGUGUGGCGCUAUAAUGUGAAGCAGUUUUCGACCCACCGUUCGCGCCUUGUGACGUUCCUGUUCAAGGGAUUCCCGCUCGGAUUCGCUGCUUUCGUUGCUACGAUCGGUGUAGAGUAUGCGCUCGGUAUUGAUUAUCACGGAGGACAUGGCCACGGCGAUGGAGGACACGGUCACGGAGACGAGAAGGGGCACGGAAGCGGUCAUCAUUAGUCGGUUGACGCACUGAUCAAUCGCGCGUGUGAGGUUCUUUGUUGCGGUCGUGCAUUAGAUUUUAUUUCCAAAAUUCUGCAUCAAGAAUAAACGAGUUUGUGUUGUAGCAGAAACGAA